CUUUUUUAGACCUGACUGACACAAACAACCAGUAGACGAGAGUUUAUUCUACAGGCGAUUCAAAGAUUGGAGAUACUAUAUUCGGUUUGCAGCGAUUUCAGUGGGGCAAUGGUGAACUCUUCGGGUAAAGGGCCCAGUUUGGAGCAGAGGAAGGUGCGUUCGCGAGAUGCUGCGCGCUGUAGGAGGAGUCAGGAAACGGAGGUGUUCUAUGAGCUGGCCCAUUCUUUACCCCUGCCACGACGUAUCGCCUCCCACCUGGACAAAGCUGCCAUCAUGAGGUUGACUCUCAGCUAUCUGCAAAUGAACCGCCUGAUCCAUUCCGCAGGUUCUACCAAAACACUAUCUCACGAGGAAACCGAAAAUCCCACUGAUGGGUUUUAUCAGCAGGCAUUAGCUGGUUUUGUUAUGGUGAUGACCGAGGAAGGGGACAUGGUCUUCCUCUCAGAGACCGUCAACAAAUAUAUUGGCAUAACACAGCUGGAGCUGCUAGGACAGAGUGUGUAUGAGUUUGUUCAUCCCUGUGAUCAAGAAGAAUUGCGAGACAUCCUCACCACUAGACCAGGGCUUUCAAAGAAAAAGGCUGAAAAGUUGACCGGACAUAAUUUCUUCCUUCGUAUGAAGAGCACUCUCACGCACACAGGAAGAACCGUUAAUAUCAAGUCUGCCACCUGGAAGGUCCUUCAUUGCACAGGACAUUUACAGACUCUCAGCAGUGAGGAUGAGAGUUCGCCGUCUGGUGGCAGCUUCCUUACAUUGCUGUGCGAGCCCAUUCCCCACCCCUCCAGUGUUGAGUUCCCGCUAGAUAGCAGCACAUUCCUCACACGCCAUAAUAUGGACCUGACUUUCACACAGUGCGAUGGCCGAUUCACUGAGCUUGUUGGAUAUGAACCAGAUGAUCUGAUUGGCCGGUCAGCCUAUGAGUUUUACCACGCCCUUGAUUUUGAUCAUGUGACCAGGAGUUUACACAUCUUGUUCUCCAAAGGCCAGGUGUGCACCAGUCACUACCGCUUCCUGGCUAAGAAUGGAGGGUUCGUCUGGACCGAGACCCAAGCCACUGUCCUCUACAAUAGCAGAACUUCUAAGCCUGAAGCUGUGGUCUGCCUCAACUUUAUUCUCAGUGGAGUGGAACAGGCAGAUGUCGUGUUCUCAUUAGAACAGACCAGUGAUAAACCAAAGCCCAAAACUGUGAAGCAGAGCUUGUUUGAAGAAGAGGACUUGGACAAGGAGGUGAGCAGUACUGCUAAGCUCUUCCUCCAGAUGAAGAAGAAUCCCGAGGAAUUACUGCAGCUGGCACCUCACUCUGGAGACACCAUCAUUUCCCUGAAAGAGGAUGUGGAUUUGUCAUUUGGCUGUCCAACUAGUCCCAACAGUAUCCCAGAAUGCCCUCAGGACUUCUGUACACCUGAACUCCACCAGCUCCUUUCUCCAAUAUUCGACAAACCUUCCAAUUCCCCACCUGCUGCGAGCCCUGCUGAAGAGCUGCCUAUGGAGAUGGAUGGGGUGGAGAAGUUCUUCGCCCUUAAACCUGAGGAAAGCAUAACGAUGAAAGGCCAGACAGAGAAUAUGGAUGAACUUGAUCUGGAAAUGCUGGCUCCAUAUAUCUCCAUGGAUGAUGACUUCCAGUUGACCUUCCUGCCCCAGUGUCCUGAGACCAUUACAUCUUCUUCAGAAAUUCUAACUUAUACUUCAAGGAAACGAUGUCUAGAAGAUAAAGAAGAUGAUGACAUUCCUGUUCUGGCUGCCAAGGUGGAGAAGAGAGAGAUGAGUAGCUCCAUAGAGAAACAGCUUUUGCUCAGCCACACCUUGCUGAAUGGCCUGUCCGAUAGUGAUGGUUCAGAAGAGUUUGAGUCGCCACCUCAAAAGCGAAGUCAGCUUUUGACCGACAGAGACCCUUUGCUGGGGGCAGCUCAGGCUUUGUGUGAUACAGCAGCGCUAAUGAGAAACACCUGUUUGUCACGCCCACCUGAUUUAUUGAGGCCAGUUGCUGAGAUCAUGUCAUCCCUUACUUGAGGAGGAGACGAUACAGAUUACCACACAGCUUUCAGCGAGUAUAAUGACUGGUAACUGGGAGGAAAAUGAAUAAUCCACAUACUCUUCAAACUCAACAUGUGUCAGUGUAACAUGUAUAACAUAAAGUGAUGAUUUACACACAAAGAUAAUUGGCCUAAAUAUUCUGUAUACUAUAUACUCAUACUUUUUUUUUUUCUUAGCUGAUUCUUUAGCAAAAAGUGUAGUUGAAAUGGACCCUUGUUUGUAACCUAAUAGAAUUAGAGUAACGUAGUCAAAUAAAACUUUUGGGUAUGGGAUCUGCCCCAUCCUCGGCAGAGAUCUUGAUUUUAGAAUGGACAUAGUUAGAGGUUAGCAACUUUUCUAAACAUAAUUUUGGUGCUUUGAUCACCAUUUGUCUUCAGCCGUUAGGUUUGAAUUCGUCCAAAGCACAAAUGCGGCCAAAGGAGUUUGAAAUAAAUCGAAGAUAAACUGGUCAGGAUAUGUUAGGAAUAGAGUAAACGCACUGUACCACACUUAGCCUUAAUCGAAAUCUAUAAUUCUAGAAAUCUUCAAGCAUAACCUAACUUCACUGUAAGUUUAUCUGAAAGAUUUUACUAGACAAUCCUCUACCAACUCAUUUCUUUAAAAAAUGAGUGGUUCUGUCUGUUAGAAUUAUGGGUGCGAGUGGAAAAGGGCUUAUUAUAAGUGAAUGUAAUCAUGCUCUCACGUUAAUGGAUAUAUCACUGAGGCCAUAGCUGACAAACGCAACAAAUUCUCUCAGUGACAUUUUUUUAUAUAGCAUUUUAUAUUCUUGUAAGUGACUCUAUACUUGGGUCUUUUGGUGUUCAAUUAUAAAUAUUAAUGUUUUCUGUUCUUGUUUCACUUUGAAUUACUUCUGUAAUGGUUUUCAAAGUAGCUGUGGUGGUUAUGCUGAAAGCCUUGUCUCAUGUCUUUUGAAUCCUACAGUGACAUGCUAACAUGGCAGCUGUAUUGAUCAAUCGAUUAAAAGGAUUGCAGUAAAUGAUCAUCAUUGUCUCUAAAUUUUGAUCUUGUUUGUUGAUAUUACAGUCUGUUUCAAGAUCAACUUUUUUGGAACAUUUAAGGAACAUUAUUUUUAAAUGGUGACAAAGGACUAGUUGUGGUGCUUUUCAGUUGACUGUGAAUCAAAUAUGUUCCCCUGAUGUCUGUAAGUAGUACAGAUGUGAUUCAAGGAGCCUUAUUCAAAUGGUGUUACGUUAAAAAAAAAACUCAUGCCUUUCUCAAAUGGCUAACCAUUCUUUGAGUACUCCAUAGACUUUCUGUAUAUUACCUUGUGUAUUUUUGAAUGUAUUUCCUAUGUACCUUGUAUUGACUGAUACAGAAAUAAAACAUGGUAAAUGUA